ACAGAUAUGGAGACAUGGUUCCUAAAACCAUUGUAGGGAAGAUCGUUGGUUCUGUCUGUUCCCUGAGCGGUGUGUUGGUCAUCGCUCUGCCCGUGCCCGUCAUCGUGUCCAACUUCAGCCGCAUUUACCACCAGAGCCAGCGGGCAGACAAGAGACGCGCCCAAAAGGCAUCAAAGGCAGCAGGCCAGGCGCUGGUGUGCAAAGCCAACCCCAUGUUCGAUACGCACCACAAUCACCUAUUGCACUGCCUGGAGAAGACCACGAAUCAUGAGUUUGUGGAUGAGCAAACAUUUGAGACCAGCCUACUGGAGGUUUCCAUGGCGAAGCACCCGCAUCUCUCCCCCUCCCUCUCCUCUGGCUCCUCCUCCCAAGGCCUGUCGUGCUGCUCGCGACGCAACAAGAGGAAGAGCUUCAACGUGCCCAACUCCAACAUGACUGGUGGGCAUAGGAACAGCAUCCAGGAGCUCAGCACCAUCCACAUCAGAGAGAGACCCAUCACUAACAGUCGCUCCAGUCUAAACGCUAAGUUUGAGGAGACGGUGCCUCUGAACUGCAAGCAACCCUACAUCACGGCGGCCGUCAUCACGCUGCCUAUGCCGCCAGUCACCGUGUCCGAGGACGACGGCUCCGCCUCCUCCCCAGACUACUCCCAGGCCAACAUCGUCAGGGUGUCUGCCCUCUAGGCCCCUUGCCCCACCCCCCACCAUCCCCAUCAUGCGUGGACAUGCUAAAGCAGAUUGACUGAGGGGAGAAGAAGAGGUCUUAUAUGAACACACUGAUAUUUGAGUCCAUUCCAUUUUGAUACAAAGAUGAUUUUCUUCUGAAUAUGGGGAUAAAACUGUGAUUAGACUUUUAUUUUGAAGGUCUCUGUUCAUUUGAAGUGCAUGUUGGUUUGCUACAGACAGUAUGACGUUUGUUUUGUUUCCUGAUUUGUACCACACAAGCCUCCAUACUUUACCAACAAAUGGGGGUUUGUUAUGGAAAAUGAAAUUCAAAGUGUAAAGGAAACUCCUGUACCAGUCUACCAAACAUGAUUGACUGAAAGUGUUUAUUGAGCUGUUGGGGUUUGACGCUCUAUGAUAAUUCUGUCUUGUCGUGACUGAUAACUCAGCUAUCACCGUAGCUAGAACACUCUCAGCGCUUGGCGGGGAUGGAAUCCUGUAACCAUUCCAAAUCAGUAUAACGAAAUCAGUGCAAAUGCAUUGAAUGACACUUUAAUAUCCAGCGAGCUGAUUUAACGAUAUUCUAUUUCUCAGCUGUGAGAUCUCGGGAGGUUUAAUCGAGAACUUGUCGUUUUCCUAAUGACGAUGGAUAUUUUUCUUUACGCUUUUACGUUUUCCAAGAUGGCUGACGUCGGUGAACUGAAUGUGGCUCUUGAGACUGCUGAAGCGAAUGCCACACCCCCUGCUCCAACCCCCGCCCCUUUCCCACCGUCCCGCCCCAAACCUGUCCACUCCACCAUCACUGCUUGACUAUGAUGUGACAUAUGCAACAAUUAUUUUUUUGUUCGUAAAGAUAUUCUUUGUAUCAGAGGGAGAGAGUGUGGGAGGGGGGCAAUAGGGAAACGCAAAUACAUAUUUUUUAAAAUAUCAAAUGAUGUUGAUAAAAUUAUAACUGUCUUUUUUUUCAUGUAAAAAGAAAAAAAGAAUGACAACUGUUGCUAGUGCACAUGUGCUGUAAAUUGUUCUUUGGUGUAGUAAAAAUCAUCAUGGUUUAGUCGUUUUUAAAAAUCAUUUACACCAACGGUUCUAGUGUCUUAUUUUAGUUAGCCUUCUGCUCCACCGCAUUUUAAGAACCAGCUUAAUAUUUUUCUAAAGGGAUUCUUUGAAAAAAUGCAUGCGUUUGCUGGAGAACUUUGAGUUUAGUGUUGCACAAGGACAGGCGUUGUCUCUGCCUGCAUCCCAAAUGGCACCCUAUUCCCUAUAUAGUGCACUACUUUUGACCAGGGCACACAAGGCCAUACGGCUCUGGUCAAAAGUAGUGCACUAUAUAGGGAGUAGGUUAUCAUUUGGGACACAGCCUCUGUCUUUCAGUUUCCAUGGCUAAGUGAAAAACUUUUGGGGUGAAGGAGUGUACUUAGGUCUUGUACAUGAGAUUAUGUAAAUUGAGGAAAUUAAAAUGAUAAUUAUAUGACGAUUACUUUUGAUCUGUUACAGCUCGUGUAUUUGAAUUAUUGAAAAGAUAUUAAAAAAAUAAAAUGCAAUUGUUUAGUCCGGUGCAGUGUCUAUGAGUAAAUAGAAUAAAUCAUUGUCCUAUUAAAGUACUUAUAUAAGUGGUUGUCUUCUUUUGACAUCAACAUUUAGAUGUUUCCAAAGUCAAUGUACGGUCUGUUUCUUUUGCACCAAUGUAUAAUGUACUGUAUUGCUGCUUAUACACUAUGUUGUAUACCCACAUAUUUCUGUAUAUCUGUAAGAUCUUCUGCACCAAAGAACACUUAUUGCUGUUGAUACACUAUGUAUACACUUCA